AAUAUAUUUUCGUUUACCGUUUUUUUUUGUUAACAAACUUUUUGCUUUCGUAGGUUCUCUCUAAAAUACUAUAAGAUAAAAAACCAAAAAUCUUUCGCUUAAAGCAAUCUAGUUCCAAGACAGUCCAUCAAAGAAUCCCUUUUUCUUCCUUUAGAAAAGAAAAAAGAAAAAAAGAAUCCCUAUUUCUUUGUUACCGGGGGGAAAAAGAAUCCAUAUUUCUUUAGCAGUCAACUGUCAUAAUUCCUAAUCAAUCGCUGGAGCAUUGUCAUCUUAUUUUCUCCGAGGAGGAGAAGAGAAAGGCGAAGAGUAGGUGAGGGAGCGGAAGAAGGGGAAAUGUCGAGGGCCGGGGGAAUCACAAAUGCGGUCAACGUGGGGAUCGCCGUCCAAGCUGACUGGGAGAACCGCGAGUUCAUCUCCAAUAUCUCCCUCAACGUCCGCCGCCUCUUCGAAUUCCUCCUCCAAUUCGAGGCUACAACAAAGAGCAAAUUAGCAGCUCUAAAUGAGAAACUGGACAUCUUAGAGCGUCGGCUUGAGGUGCUUGAAGUCCAAGUGAGUACGGCAACUACAAAUCCCUCUGUUUUCACUUAAGAUGUGUUUAAAUGCUGUCAAAUGUUGUAACGAAGUGCAUUAUGGCUGCAGAGAAUUAGCACUAUUAUGUCUAUUCUAAACAUCUUUGUGCCAUACAGUUAUGGAAACUGUUCGUUGCUUUCGCUCAUCAGCCUGAUCACCGCUAUUGUUAACAGAUACUGUAAAAUCCGAGCAUCCAAUGUGACUUCUUGUCAACUUCUUCAA